AUGGCCGAUCCGCCCAGUCAACAAGACCGACGCGAUGCGUCAUCCGAACCCGACGACGACGAGACGCAACAGGAGCCCAACCACAACCGUCUCAACGCCACAAGGAGCGCUGCGACGGACACCAGCUGUGCCACGGGCGCGCCGUCAACGGUGCAACCGCCACCGGCCAAAGCCAAACCCUGGUACAGGCACAUGAACCCGUUGCGAUGGGGGGGAGUUCCGCCCGUCCCCAAGGACCGAAUUGUGUCGCGCGAGUAUUCGGCCGGCUUCUUCAGCAAGCUGACCUUUCAGUGGAUGACGCCGUUGAUGACGACUGGCUACAAGCGACAGCUCGAAAAUGGUGACAUCUGGGAGGUCAACCCCGACCGGGCAGUCGAGCCUCUGACCCAAAAAUUCAAGCAGUCGUUCCAGCGUCGCCUUCAAAAUCCCUGCCAAAAGAAUCCUCUUUUCUGGGCGCUCCACGAGACCUUCAAGUUUGAGUUCUGGCUCGGCGGUCUCUGCGCCCUCGUGACCGCCGUCUUGCAGGUCAUUGCGCCCUUCACCCUGCGUUUCCUCAUCCAAUUCGCCACAGACGCCUACGCGGCCAACGUCGCGGGCGGCACUCCGCCCCCCAUCAAGAAUGGAAUCGGCCUCGCCAUUGGCGUGACCACCAUGCAGAUCAUCCAGGCAUUCGGCGUCAGUCACUUCAUCUAUCGGGGCAUGAUGAUGGGCGGCCAGAGCAGAGCCGUUCUCAUUGGGGCCAUCUACGAGAAGGCCAUGGUGAUUUCGGGCAGGGCCAAGGCUGGCGGAGGCAAGGCGUCCAUCAUUCCCGAACCCGACGACGCGGAAGAGGACAGAGAAUCCGCCGCCGAUGAAAAGAGUCUAGGCAAGAAGAAGGAGAAGAACAAGCCUCGUCAGCCGCCGCAGGACGGCCUGGGAUGGGCAAAUGGCCGCAUCGUCAACUUGAUGAGCGUCGACACCUACCGCAUCGACCAGGCCUCUGCCUUCUUCCACAUGAUUUGGACCUCGCCCGUUGUUUGUCUCAUCACGCUGGUGUUGCUCCUAGUCAACUUGACCUAUAGCGCGCUCGCCGGCUUCGCCCUGCUCGUCAUAGGCGUGCCGGCGCUCACAAAGGCCAUUCAAACCCUGUUCCGCCGACGCAAAGCCAUCAACAUCAUCACCGACCAGCGCGUGUCUCUAACGCAGGAGAUUCUCCAGUCGGUCCGCUUUGUCAAGUAUUUUGGCUGGGAAAAGGCCUUUGUAGCCCGGUUGGGAGAGCUGCGAGCCAAGGAGAUCUCCUCGAUCCAGGUGCUCUUGACAAUUCGAAACGCCAUCAACGCCAUCAGCAUGUCGCUGCCCACCUUUGCGUCGAUGCUUUCCUUCAUUGUGUACUCGUUGUCGAGCCAUCAAUUGGGGCCCGCCGAGGUGUUUUCGUCCCUGGCCUUGUUCAACGGUCUUCGCAUCCCGCUCAAUCUGCUGCCCGUCGUCCUGGGCCAAGUCAUUGAUGCGUGGUCGUCCAUGAAGCGCAUCGAGGAGUUUCUGACACGGGAGGAGCAGGAAGAGGAUGCCGUGUACAAGCCUGACGGCAGCAGCGCCGUCGAGGUGAUUGACGCUGGCUUCACUUGGGAGAGGACGGCCGCGCAGGACCCAGACCGGCGCGCCAUCGCCGGCGCAGGCGGAGAGAAAAGGGGCACAGGUGCACCGAAGCCCGGAGAAGUCCAGAAUUCUCCUGCGACCUCUGAAGGGGACUCGUCAAGCACCUUGGUCGGAGAACGUGAGCCGUUCAGGCUUCAGGGACUCAAUUUCAAGAUUGAGCGCAAUGAACUCGUUGCCGUGAUUGGCGCCGUCGGCAGCGGCAAAAGCUCUCUGCUGGCCGCCCUGGCCGGUGACAUGCGAAAGACGAAUGGAGACGUCGUCUUUGGAGCCUCGCGGGCGUUUUGCCCGCAGUAUGCGUGGAUUCAAAACACCACUCUCCAGAACAACAUCACCUUUGGGAAGGGCAUGGACCGGGACUGGUACCGCCAAGUCGUCCAAGCCUGUGCUCUCCAGGCAGACCUGGACAUGCUUCCAAACGGCGACCAGACUGAAAUUGGUGAGCGAGGCAUUACCAUCUCGGGCGGCCAGAAGCAAAGGCUCAACAUUGCUCGCGCCAUCUACUUCAACGCGGACAUUGUCCUCAUGGACGAUCCUCUGAGCGCAGUGGACGCCCACGUCGGCCGGCACAUCUUUGACCACGGCAUUCUCGGUCUGCUCAAGGACAAGUGUCGCAUCCUGGCCACGCACCAGUUGUGGGUUCUCAGCCGCUGCGACAGGAUCAUAUGGAUGGAGGGCGGCAAGAUCCAGGCCAUUGACACCUUUGACAAGCUCAUCAGGGACCACAAGGGAUUCCAGGCUCUCAUGGAGACCACCGUUAUCGAGGGGAAGGAGGAUGAGGAUGAGGAUGAGGGCGAAGAGCGAGGGGCCAUGACGGCCGCGGACCUUGCCGACGAGCACAAGAAGCGCAAGGAGAACAGAAAAAAGGCGGCGCUGAUGCAGCAGGAAGAAAGGGCCGAGUCAAGCGUCCCCUGGUCCGUCUACGGAGCAUACGUGCGCGCUUCCGGCUCCAUCUUGAACGCGCCGCUCGUCAUCGUCCUGCUCGUCAUCUCGCAGGGCGGCAACAUUGCCACCGGGCUCUGGCUGUCGUGGUGGACGUCGGACAAGUUUGGCUACUCUACCGGCGAGUACAUUGGCAUCUACGCCGCCCUGGGCGCCGUCCAAUCGCUCCUCAUGUUCGCCUUCUCCGUGACGCUGUCCAUGCUGGGGACCAACUCGAGCAAGGUGAUGCUGCGGGACGCGGUGCAGCGCGUGCUCCGGGCUCCCAUGUCCUUCUUCGACACGACGCCGCUCGGGCGCAUCACCAACCGCUUCUCUCGCGACGUGGACGUGACGGACAAUAGCCUGACGGACGCCAUUCGCAUGUACCUGUUCACCCUCUCCAUGGUGACGGCAGUCUUCGCCCUCAUCAUCGCCUACUUCCACUGGUUCGCCGUUGCGCUGGUGCCGCUGUACUGUCUGUUUAUCCUGUCGGCGUCGUACUAUCGAGCGUCGGCGCGCGAGGUCAAGCGCUUCGAAUCAGUGCUGCGGUCCAACGUCUUUGCCAAGUUCGGCGAGGGCCUCAGCGGCGUGGCGUCGAUCCGCGCGUACGGCCUCAAGACGCACUUCGUCAAGGAGCUGCGGUCGUGCAUCGACGAGAUGAACGGCGCCUACUACCUCACCUUUUCCAACCAGAGAUGGCUGUCGGUGCGGCUGGACAUGGUGGGCAUCGCGCUCGUCUUCACCGUGGCCAUGCUGGUGGUGACGUCGCGGUUCAGCGUCAACCCGUCCAUCGGCGGCCUCGUGCUCAGCUACAUCCUGUCGAUUGUGCAGAUGCUGCAGUUCUCCGUGCGCCAGCUGGCCGAGGUGGAAAACGGCAUGAACGCCGUGGAGCGGCUGCAGCACUACGGCACGCAGCUGGAGGAGGAGGCGCCGCUGCACGCGGCCCCGGUGCGCGCGGCGUGGCCGGAGAGGGGGGACAUUGUCUUCCGCGACGUCGAGAUGCGGUACCGCGCCAACCUGCCGCUGGUGCUGCAGGGGCUGAGCAUGCACAUUGGCGGCGGCGAGCGCGUGGGCAUCGUCGGCCGCACGGGCGCGGGCAAGAGCUCCAUCACGUCGACGCUGUUCCGGCUCGUCGAGCUCUCGGGCGGCAGCGUCGUCAUCGACGGCGUCGACAUCUCCACCGUCGGCCUGCACGACCUGCGCUCGCGCCUGGCCAUCAUCCCGCAGGACCCGACGCUCUUCCGCGGCACCGUCCGCUCCAACCUCGACCCCUUUGCCGAGCACGACGACCUGGCCCUGUGGUCGGCCCUGCGCCAGGCCCACCUCGUGCCGGCGCCCGGCGACGCGCCCGGCCCCGCCGACGACGGCAAGACGCCCACGCCCCCCGCAUCCGCGGACCCGUCGUCCCCGUACACGCCCUCGUCGCGCAUCCACCUCGACACCGUCGUCGACGAGGAAGGGCUCAACUUCUCCCUCGGCCAGCGCCAGCUCAUGGCCCUCGCCCGCGCCCUCGUCCGCGGCUCCCGGAUCAUCGUCUGCGACGAGGCCACCUCCUCCGUCGACGUGGAGACCGACGACAAGAUCCAAAGCACAAUGGCCACCGGCUUCCGGGGCAGGACGCUCCUCUGCAUCGCCCACCGCCUGCGCACCAUCAUCGCCUACGACCGCAUCUGCGUCAUGCACGCCGGCCGCAUCGCCGAGAUGGACGCCCCCCUCGCGCUCUGGCACCACGCCGGCAUCUUUAGGGCCAUGUGCGAAACGAGCGGCGUUCGCCUGCAAGACAUUGAGCGCGCAAGGGAUGCCAUGGCUGCCCUGGACGCAACCGGUCCGAGGGCCUAG